UGGCCCGGGGUGGGUGACCUGAAGUUGUAGCCUCGCUGCUCUCGAGGCGGAUAAUUAGCCCAAGAAACACUAUAUUCAUGCUUAGGUGGAGAAAAGCAGGGCUAGAAUUGGAAUCCAAAGCCCAGGAUGGCAGGAGAGGAUGUGGGGGCUCCACCCGAUCACCUCUGGGUUCACCAAGAGGGUAUCUACCGCGACGAACACCAGCGCACGUGGGUGGCCGUCCUGGAAGAGGAGACGAGUUUCCUAAGGGCACGAGUUCAGCAAGUUCAGGUUCCUUUAGGUGACGCAGCCAGGCCAAGUCACCUUCUCACCUCCCAGCUACCUCUCAUGUGGCAACUCUACCCCGAGGAGCGCUACAUGGAUAACAACUCUCGCUUGUGGCAGAUCCAGCAUCAUUUAAUGGUCAGGGGAGUACAGGAGCUGUUGCUUAAGCUUUUGCCUGAUGAUUAAUCUGGUGCUGGGAUUCUAGGAAGAUAUGCCCCUCUGUUCUGUUCAGUAUAUGGCAAUCACGUCAUCCACCACUGCAGUGCACCCACCU